UGAAAAUUACUGAUGAUGAAAUACUUGGUCGAACAUUGGCUAUUGCCACUGAACUUUUACAAUCAGUUCGAAUAAUUCUUAGCUUGCAACAUAAUUUUGUGAAUAUUAUAUUACCUAAAAUAUUUCUUUUAAUGCAUGGUUCACCAAAAGCUUUUGAACCUUUUGCCGAAAUAUUACGUAAUCUAUCUACAGAUACGUUCAAUUAUUGGGGAAUGAAGCAUCCAGAAUCUCAUUAUGCAGUGAAUUCUAUGAAUGAAACAUUUAAACGACUUGGUGAAUUUGCAUAUAGAGAAGGGAUUUCGCAAGCUGUUCACUUGUUAAUUAUCGAGUUCGAUGAACUAUUCAAUGGCUUGAGAGAUACGUUGCUAAAAGUUCAAAUUCUUCUUAAAGAGCUUAAAGAACACAGUCUACCUAAAGAUGGUCAAGAGAGUUUAAUUGAAGACUGCCUUAUUGAUAAUUAUACUGUUCAUAAACUUAAUGUUAUAGUUUGUGUCUUACUGGCAUGUGAAGAUUAUUAUAAAGAAAAUUCCCAACCCCAUCUAAGCACUGUCUGGGUGUCAUCAAUGGUUACGGCUGACGCUUUUAAGAAUGGUUCUGACUCACUCACUAGACUUUGGCAAGUCUCACGUUGGUGGAUUUCGGAACUUUUCAUUCCAUGUGUAAAAACUCUAUACACAAUCGCAAUCGACCAUAUAGGCUCUUUAGUCAGAACCGGCAAUGAAGACAUAAGCCUAACACUUGAUAAUUCACCUAUAAAUAAUUCACCUAUAAAUAAUCUUAUUUCACAAGGACUGGUAUCUAAUGAUGAUAUCAGCGCUCAAAAACUUAAAAUCAAACAGUAUUCUUUCCACGGCUGCAAAGUGAAUUUUAUCACGAUGAUAAAUCUACGAAAAACUCAAAUAGAAAUAGAACUACAACACCGCCAAAUGGAACUAAUGCGCUUUGAAUGGAUUAACGAAGCAUUGAUAGGUGACAACAGUUUAAUCCGACAACAAUUCCUACAAAACUUGACCCAAGACGUGAAUCGAUUUGUUUUGCUAGAAAAUCUUUUACAAGAAUUAGUCUCGCAAUAUAGGGUUAUUAACGCAGAAAUUGCAGAUUUCAUUGCCACUCAGAUUGUUAAUGAAAAUACAGGAGAACUAUUACGUUCAUUCGGUGAUGCAGUAGCAAAUCAGCAAAUGAUUUUUGCUCAAGAAUUUGAAAGGAUGAAACAUGUCGUUAGCUUAUGUAAUUCAAUAUUGCAUUUGGAAACCUUCCGCACAGUAACAGACAAAACUGUAGCAAUGGAUGCAGAUACGCUUCAACUAGUUAAAAGACUCGAGUCAGCGGUACAAGGAAACUCCAAGUUGAGCACUGUUAGUUCACAAUUAGAUAUCACGCAGCAACUAUCAACAUUAAAGAUUGAUGAAUCUCUUGAUAUGGAUUUACUCAGAAACCUUGAAAACAUUGCCAAAGAUCUUCGAACCGUAGUAGAAGAAGUUCGUAAUUUAAUUGGCGAAUUAUUUCCUCUUGUCGAACCUAUAGCAAAUUUUGAAAUAGAUACAACAGAUGACAGUGGCAAAGAUGCACGUUUAAAAGCGAAGGAAUUUGUGCGCGAAUGGUCCAAAUUCGACUCGGAUUUUGAUACAGCUAUUAGUGGUGCUCUUGCAGUUGUUGAUCGGCGAUUCCAUCAAAAAAAUAAUUUUUCAGAGUCGGAUUACACAGUAAUGGUUGAAAACCUUCGUCGUGACAAUGAACGAGCUAUAUCAUAUCUAACUGAAACUAUUAUCAGGAUUUUUGAAAAUCUAUUUACUUUAGGCGAAGUAUCUGGAACUAUUACUCAAAACGGAUCAUCUCAGAAAAUAUCCCCUGAAAACUUUGAGAGUAAGAAUUCUAAUACUUGUGAUUUUGCUCAAGCAAACACCGGAACGGAAGAUAUUUCAAAAAAUACUAUCGCUGGGCAGGCUUUAUUACCAAGUAACGAAGAGACUAUGGAAAGCUGGGAUGUUCCUAUGCAACAAGCUCAAACACGAAACGCCUUUGCAGUUGGAAUAAUCCGACGGAUCAAGGCGAAGUUGGAGGGAAAAGAUUUUGAAUCUACGACCAAAAUGACCGUUCAGGAACAGAUUGAUAAAAUUAUUCAACAAUCACUUGACAUAGACAAUUUAUGUGUGAUACAAAUUUGUCUGGAAAAUUAA